AUGUCUUCCGAAAUCGCUGCUGAGCCUGCCCCUCAGUCUGUCCCCGAGACUACAAAGACUGUCGAACCUACCACUGCUGCUGUCGAAGUCAAUCCCACAGAGCCUAAGCCGGAGGAGGCAGUCGUUGCACCUACAGACAAACCAGCAGAAACCACCCCUGCUCCCGCCGAAGUUCCUGCUGAACAGACCACUGCAGCAACCCCUGUUGCCGAGCCAAAGGAUGAGACAACCGACAAGAAGGAAGAGCCUCAAGCCCCUGCACAGCCCGAGUACUUGACAAAGAUCCCUGGUCUCAACAAGUUCUUCGAAAGUCUGCCCGAGAUUCUCAACAAAACUGGUCACACGGAGAUGUGGGGAGUUCCCCUGAAAGACUCCAACAACAUCCCUACCGUCAACGUCCUGAUCAAGUUCCUCCGUGCCAAUGAGGGCAAUGUCAAGCAAGCCGAGGAGCAGCUCACCAAGGCUCUUGAGUGGCGAAAGGAGAUCAAUCCCAUCGAAAUCGUCAAGAGUGCCAAAUUCAGUGCAAAGAAGUUUGAGGGCCUGGGCUACAUCACAUCUUACAUUGACCCUAGCUAUGGAGAGACGAUCUUUACUUGGAACAUCUACGGAGGAGUCAAGGAUUUGCACAGUACCUUUGGUGACUUGGACGAGUUCAUCCGCUGGCGUACAGCUUUGAUGGAGAGGGGUGUCCAGGAGCUCAAACUGAACGAGGCAACCGAAGUCAUCGAAUACGAUGGCGAAGAUCGCUACCAGAUGCUUCAAGUCCACGACUACAAGGGCGUUUCAUUCCUCCGCCUCGAUCCCACUGUCAAGGCCGCCUCCAAGAAGACGAUCGAGGUUUUCUCCACUGCUUACCCCGAACUGUUGCGAGAGAAGUUCUUCAUCAACGUCCCAACCAUCAUGGGAUGGAUGUUCGGCGCCAUGAAGAUCUUCUUGAGCAAGAACACAAUCCGCAAGUUCCACCCAAUCUCCAACGGUGCCAACCUCGGUAGAGAGUUUACCUUUGUCGAGGACCUUCCCAAGUCAUACGGUGGACAGGGUGCCGAGCUCAAGGAUGCUGGUCGCACCGUUCCUCUUAUUGAUGACAUCCCUGCCGGUGAGCCUGCAAAAGCAGCCACUGAGGCAUCCAAAGAAGUAGCCGCUGCCAAAGCUGAAGAACCCAAGGCUGCCGAAGCCGAACCCGCACCUGCACCAGUCCCAGCAGCAACUGAAGCUCUCAAGGAGGAGGCCGUCAAGCCUGAAGAGCCCGCCCCUGCUGCUGCCGCUGAGCCCGCCAAGGAAGCCGAACCUGCCGCCGCUGCUGCACCAGCCGGCGAAGAAUCCAAGUAG